UGCUGUCACAUCCACUCAUGUCGCCUCAACGGCCCCAGCCGGACGGCACCUUCGAGACCUCAGGCCCAGCUUGGCCCCUGCCUUCGCGGACGAGCUGGGCAAGUCGAUGGAUGAGGCCGAUUUCUCAUGCAUUCAUCGAGAUGACAAAGGCGCGCGGCGAAUGACUGAGCCAUCACACACCCAACUUUAAUUAGCCACGGCAAUCGGCGGACGUCAUCUUUCCGCAGAGGUCGCCGGCACAUCCCAGCAGUUCAUUAAAUGGAAUUGAGCGCACUUGGUGGUGGUCAUGGCAGUCAGGCUGAGGCUCGCACGGCGGGCCGUCAACGCGGAGUUGCAGCCAUCGUCUUGACUCGAACUUCCGAAACAGUAAUCUUUCAACAAAGCAGUCAGCGGGUGUAACGCUCGCCUUGCUGCCCUGCGAAAACACCUCUUUACCGCAUUAGUGUAAUAGCUCAGGGCAUGGGUCGCAUCCUCCGCCCGCCGGGUCUGUUCCACCCAGGACCCUGACUUGGUCCGGGGGACCCCGUACGCCUUGCAAGGACAUACCCAUGUCGAUGAUCUCUCUGGAAAUAAACCCUCCCUCCAAUCUCAAACGCACCAUAGAGGAUGGGCGCCUUGGGGACACAGCAGAUUCCUCGCGGGGAAUCUAUUUGCUCCAUGUUUGGCAAGCAUCCACACGAUCAGCAACUUGGGAUGUCUAGCAUAUGUAUGUAUGUAAGUGAAUUUCUUUUUCCAUUUCACUCACGAGCUUCUUCAGCACCGACACUCUGCUGUUUUCUCGCGGGAGUCUUGGCAGCCCGUCGGCAGGUAUUCUGCUCGUCCAGACAAGCCUCGCCCGUCCUUAUUCAUGUUAUCAUUGCCUAGCGCAUUUUAUAGGGACCACUUACAUGCAGGUCGCGUGUUGCCAUUCAUCUUCUCGAAACCAGUCCCCACUUUACACCGAGGCCCUCCUCCUCAUCUGCGGUGACCGGGAAGUUGGCCAUCUUGAUUGAAUCCUCAGUCCCGUAUUGCAUAGCACGUUGUACCAAGAGUACGGGGAUCGACAGUCGUCCAAAGUGGCCCCAGCUCCGGAAAGGCUCCAUUCUGGCCAGCCCGCGCUGGUGGGUGAUCAGAUGGGGCAUGGGCAGCAGGAAGGAAGUGGGCUACAGAUGCACGGCCGAGACGCAGCAAGUGUAUCAGGCCCUCCCCUGCAGUCAUUAAACUUGUUCCCUACCGGCAGCUUUCCUCAAAAUGCUAGCACACCCCCAAACAAACCUCAUGCAGCAUACAAUCUGCAUUCCUUCGACCGCCCGUUGCCUCGAAUUCCGUCACCAUCACAACACCCCGUGCCGCCGGCAACCAUGGCCUCAGCACGACCCAGCACGUCUGGGAGCAUGACAGACACGGGGUCGUCACGGAGGAAAUUGGACAAAAGGGUGUCGAAGGAUGACAUGUUCUUCAGGACGGCGCGACAAAAACAAGGUCUCGACAAAAGAGUAUCCAGAGACGACAUGUACAUCCGGAGUCGCAUGGCCGAGAUGUCUCAUUACCACGUGCCCGUCCCGGGGUCGACGCUGACCCCAGAGCACAGCCCGAAUUUCCCAGUAAUACAGGAAGUGUCCAUACCGAUCAGGGUGCAGACUCCAGAGUCUAUAACCUCAGGGGAAAUACCAAUAGGGAUGGCAUUGGGGAGCCCGCCGUUGCGACCGGACCCCUCACCGUCGAGAUGGCAGGCUCAGUUUCCUCCAGCAUCACCUCAACCUACUAGUUCCUCGGAGCCCUCAUCCGCUGGUGCGGCUCCUGUCAAUUCUCUGCAGAGAAAAAAGACAGGGAAGAGGAAGCUGUUUGGCCUGUUCAGUGGAAAGAAGAGGGACGAAUCGCAGGGCCUGGCGCAAACUGACGCCGGAAAGUCGACGAUCACACUCGCUCGGACUGUUGAAGUAUCCUCGUCUUCACUGUCUUCAGUGAGUAUGUCUGCGAAGUCAACGCCUACCAGGAGCAAUACACAGGCGGAACGAAAAGCACCGAAACACAAGCCGAUCAUGAUCCGAUCGAAUACGAUGCCUCACAACGCCGACGAGCCACCUACCCAGCCGAAAAGUGCUGGACUGCCCGGACGACAUGGGAACGCAUAUCGGCAGCCGCCAGUGAACCUUCCUCCUAUUCCCUCAUUCCUUGAUGUAAAUAUCCCCGACACCAAGUUGGAGCGAUAUAGUGUCAUGUUUAGCGAUGUCCUCGGACACCCACACCCUCCACAGAAGCAGGAGAAUUCUGCAUCAUUGUUGUCGAGACGACAAGCCACGCUGCAGAGGCUGAAGACCAUCGACGACAAGGUCGAGGCAGAGGAGAUGGAGAAGGAACGUUCCAGACAGCGAAGGGCAACCUCACCACAACCAACCGCGACGCCGCAGUUGAGGCUAUUCCCUAUGCCAUCAGAAGGUCGUGCCACUCCUGCUUUGGACACUCCUACCAGUCGGUCUCGGCCACUGAGGUCGAACACCUCACCAGGAAGACUACCUUCACCCACACAGGCAACCUUUGACACAAAGCCACCCAGCACAGCAACAACGCAUCACGGCCCUACAUUAGUGGUGCCCAACCCCUUUGACUCGCCGCAACAAUCAAGGAAGCAACCGAAGCGUGAACCUGAACCUAUCUACCCCACGGACACAACUUUCCAGUUCGGACCAGACAAGUCUGGUCUCAUACUCGACUCACCAACCGAGAUAGACUCUCCCAGCGAGGAAAUCGUCAUCUCACAGCCAUUCAAACCUACGCUUCACGAGCCACAAUGGCAGAUGGUCUCGCCUCAAUCCGUGUCAGCAUCGUCGACGACCAGCGGACGUCGUGGCCGUUCACCCUCGGCAGCCUCCUCUGCCACAACGCACACGCACGUCACCAAGCCAUCCAGCGAGCUGGAUGACACGGAGGCCGCGCUGCAGAGCGCCGUGGAGGUGAGCAUCGCGCGGCAGAUCAGCAUCUCACGCCAGCAGCGCCAGCUCCUGCGGCCGCUGCAGACGAGGCGGGGCCCUGGAGCCGGUGGGGAGCGCAGCGCGAGCGUCAGCCCGCUCGGCGUGAAGAUUGUCAAGUCGCCGACCCCGAGUCGCCGGCUCGGAGGAGAAGAAGAGAUCAAGGAGACAAAGAGCAGCACGCCGACCCUGAUCCACCCGAGGGAGACCGCCGUCAACCCGGUGCACCUGGCACAGAACCGGAAGAGCUCGUGGGCGGUCGUCGAAGGGGGGUGAUGGAAUUCUCGUUCCCCUCUCCUCCACUUUUAUUUUUCAACUUACGGCCUCGGACGUUCCAUGGCAUCUAUAUCGCAUUUCGGAUUGGCUUUCAGCCUUGCUAGCGAAGGAUCUUUAGCAUACGCACAGGCAGUGCUUUGUUCACGAAAUGCUUCUGGAAGCGAAAGACUGGAGUUCUCGACUAUUUGGACACAGCGGAUAUGACUCUUUUUUCUUCCCUUUCCAAUUUUUCUUUCUUCUUCAUCUUCUCGUUUCCUAUGUUCCAUUUUCUUUUCUGACUUUUACUUCACCGUCCCUCACGGGACCUGAAUCCCAAGUUGCGAGCGCGAGCGCGAGCGAACCCCAUUCUCUCUCGCCUUGGCAGAGACAUCUUCUUCACCUUUAAUCGCUCACCCCUGCACAUAUCUCGGUCAGGGGACGAGCCCCGACGGUUCCCAGACCGUAUUUGUGCGUAUGUGUGUGCUUGCGAUGCAACGUUGCUUCUUACAUUCAUCGAUACCUCGGCUCUUGGGGAAGUUUUUAAGACAGCCACUUUUCA